AUGAGUAAAGAGGAAUUCUUGAAGAUACAGAAAUGUGUUCUGAAAGUGAACAUACACUGUGAUGGAUGCAAACAGAAAGUGAAGAAAAUCUUGCAGAAAAUUGAUGGUGUGUUCACAACAGAGAUCGAUGCUGAGCAAGGGAAGGUGACGGUUUCAGGGAAUGUGGACCCCAAUCUUCUCAUCAAGAAGCUUGCGAAAUCAGGAAAACAUGCAGAACUCUGGGGUGUUGCGCCUAAACCCAACAACAACAAUCACCAUAACCAGCAGAACCACCUUGCCAACCAGUUCAAGAACAUGCAAAUCGAACACCUGAAAGGUAUGGGAAACCUCAACCACAACAACAAAGGACAGAAUCCGAAGGAGGGUGGUGGUGGAAACAACCAACCCAAAGGUGGUGGUGGUGGUCAACAACAAGGACCAAAUCCCCAACAGCAACUGCAGCUGCAGCUCCAGCAGCAGCAAAGGCUUCAGCAACAGCUACAACAACUUCAGCAGAUGAAAGGGUUUCAAGAUCUGAACAUCCCUCAAUUCAAGGACCUUAAGCAUCCCUCUCACAACCCCAACCCCAAAGCUGUUAAGUUUGAUAUUCCCGAGGACGAUGAAGACUUGACUGAUGAUGAAUUGGAUGAUUAUGAUGAUGACGACGACUUCGACGAGGAUUUUGACGAUGACGAAGAUGAAAUGGAGGAGCUUCCUCCCAACAAAAUGAAACAACCACCCAUGAUGAUGAAUGUUCCCAAGGCUGCCAAUAACAUUGCUGCAGCAGCUAAUAAUGGAAAGAAAGGCUCUGGGCCUGUUCCUUUUCAAGUGAAUGGAGGAGGACAAAAAGGUGGGGGCGGUGUCAGCAGCGGCCGUGUCGGUGGUGGUGGAGGAAACAAUCCUGUUGGAGGUAACAAAAAUGGCAACAAUGGUGGUGGUAAAAAUGGAGGAGGUGCAUUGGAGGGUAAAAGCGGUGGUGGAGGUAACAAGAGUAGCAAUGGUGGUGGUGGAGGAGGAGGAGGAGGUAACAUUAACCAUAACAUGAAUGGUGGUAAAAAAGGUACUCCAAUGGGUGGAGUUGGUGUUCAACCACCUGUGAACGGUGGAUUUCGAAACAUUGGUGGUGGUGGUCCCCAUGCCAUGCCUGGUCCAAAUAUGGGCCCUAUGAACAUGCCAAUGCCUAACAUCCCAGCAGUGCAGGGACUUCCGGCCGCCUCCAUCAACGGUGGUGGGGGAUACUUUCAAGGUGGCGCACCUAAUGGCAUGGGUGGAAACCCUUUCCACCAGCAUCAACAACAGUUACAGCAUCAACAGCAGAUACAGCAGCAGAUACAGCAACAACAGCAGUUGCAGCAACAGCAAUACAUGGGUGCAAUGAUGGGAAAUGAGCGAUUCCAACCAAUGAUGUACGCGAGGCCCCCUCCUGCAGUGAAUUAUAUGUACCCUCCUUACCCCUACCCUCCUCCAGACCCUUACACCCACUUUUUCAGCGAUGAGAACACCUCUAGCUGCAACGUAAUGUGA